AUGGCAGCAGGUCCAGUUCCCACUCUUAUGCCUGUGGCAAAGUUGGAAACUGUCGUGUUUUCAAAGAUACUAGAUCGCGAUGCAGAGCAAAUGAGCAACCUAAUGUCCGCAAUUCAAACUGUUGGUUUCUUCUACCUCGACCUCUCGGACAAGUAUUCCGAGGGCAUGUUGCGGAAUUUGGAGAAGUGUAGUUCGGUUAUGAAAGAUUGGUUCAGUGAGCCCGACACUACAAAGAGCCAAUACAAGACAAUCAGCAUGGCAUCUCAUGGAUACAAGCCAAUUGGAUCUCAGGCAGGCACUCAUGGUGGGCGAGACGGGUGGGAAGUCUUGAAGACUGGCAGCCUUGAGAUUUCAGCGAGAUGGGGACUCAUCCCCCCAGUAGAGAAACACUACGAGACCUUUUCGACGUUCCAGCGCCAAUGUGAUUAUGUCAGUAGAAUGAUACUCGACAGAGUAUCUAAUGCAUUGGGCCUAGGGGCCGAGAACAGCCUUAACAGGACGCACCGCGGGGACUGCCCGUCCAAAAGCGCCGUCGCGUACCUUCACUACAUUCCCCUGGACCCCACGGGAGAGAACGUAGGGCACAACAUGCACACUGACUACGGCACAUUGACUCUUGUUUUCGCGUCCCAAUGGGGACUGCAAGUCCUCUACCCUACAGGCCCUUGCAGCGAGGACCGUGAGUGGCAGUGGGUCGAGCCUCGGGCGAAUUGCGCCAUCGUGAACGUCGCCGAUGUCCUACAUUUCCUCACUGGCCGCAGGCUGAUCUCAGCUGUCCAUCGCGUGCUGCCUUUGGCUGACGAACACCGCUAUUCCGUGACUUAUUUCCUGCGUCCGAGCGAUGACACGCUGAUGAAGGAUACCGAAGGGAAAGACGUGAACGUCAUGGACUGGUAUACGAAGAAGAACAACAACUAUGAGGCACCCGCUCACAUGCAGGACAAGUCUUUCCUCGUUGGUGGCCUGUAUAAGGACGGCUUCGGCAUUGCUGAGGAAAAGGCCAUGAAUGCAGGUUGA